GUGGUAGUGCAAAGAAGAAAGAUGAUGCAUCGGGCAUGGAUCCCAGACACCCUGUUGGCAGUGGUAAAAAAAAAAAAGGUCGUGCAUCGAGCAGAGAUGGUGGGCAGGAUCCUGAUUGGCAGGAAAGUGACUGGCAGCCACACAAGAUCCCCUUCAGUGCAAGACCUGGUCCGCAGAGCGCUGCUGCAGAGAUGACUUCUGAAUCACCAGCAGACUUCUUUGAGCUCUUCCUAACUGAUGAGCUGUUAGGCCACAUUGUGGAGCAGACAAAUUUGUAUGCACGUCAAUAUUUUGAGGCCCACCCCUACACUCCCCCACCACACAGUAGGCAAAAUGCAUGGAAACCGGUGUCAGUCCAAGAAAUUAAAUCAUUCUUUGGGCUAACAUUCCUCACUGGCUAUAUAAAAAAGCCAAACUUGGAGCUUUAUUGGAGCGUAGAUGAGGUUGAUGCCACCCCGUAUUUCUCCAAGACUAUGUCACGAAACAGGUUCCAGCUCAUAUGGCGGUUCCUUCAUUUCAAUGACAACAGAGCCCAGGAUUACAAUGACCGGAUGUACAAAGUCCGGCCAGUGUUGGAUUACAUUGUAGAUAAAUCUAAAGAGCUGUACCAACCUAGGCAGAAUAUAUGCAUUGAUGAAGGGAUGAUGCUGUGGCGGGGGCGUCUCUCCUUCAGGGUGUACAACCCUCAAAAGCCCGUGAAAUACGGCAUUAAGUCAUAUAUAUUAUGUGAGUCUGCCACAGGGUACUGUUUCAACAUGAAGCCUUAUGUUGGGGUAGGAAGCACCCUGCCAGAUACAGUGUUUGGGCUCUUAGAUCGUCUCCAAGGUCACGGUUACACACUGUACAUGGAUAAUUUCUACAACUCUGUGGCACUUUGUGAGCGUUUGGUAGCAGCAAAUGUAAAUGUUUGUGGAACUCUCCGCAAAAACAGGGGGGAACCAAAGGUCAUCACUGAGGUGACAAAGUCUGACUUGGGGACGGAAGGAAAAAUUGUGCGCCACAAAGGGGGGGUAAAGAUUCUUGCGCGGCAGGACAAACGGGUUGUGAAAAUGGUGACAACCUGCCACCAAGAUAGGAUGGAGCGGGUGGACGUGUGGCAGAAAGGACAAAAACACAAGGUGUCCCAGCUGAAGCCAGAAUGCAUCGUUGCAUACAACGCUUGCAUGAAUGGGGUUGACAAAUUGGAUCAGAACCCCUUUAUCCGAAGACUUUCUUUAGGAGACUAG